AUGUCUCUUCCUUAUCUCAAGUCGCUGAAAAAGCCCGAGUUGGCCGAGUUGGCUGAUCAAACUGAUCUGCCACACUACGAUGACUAUAACAAGAAUGAUCUUGUUGUAGUUCUGGAUAGACAUCUGCGCGAAAACCGCACUAUCUUCUCUGGACUUAAGAGCCUCUCUGAAUACUACUCACGUCUGGCAUCUCCACCCCGCAGAGGAUCUCCCGUGAAGCGCGAAACUGCGCGGACUCCCGCGCGAACUCCAGCCCGCCGCUCUGCGAAGACGGAAGUAAAGGAAGAGGAAGUUAGCGAGGAUAUCGAGGUAGAGGUCGCGCCCAGCCCAACCGUAGUCAGCCCAACUCCUGCCGUGGCACGCACAAGCACACGUCAGUCUGCGCGCCAGACACCCCACCAAACACCCCGUCAAUCAAUUACCGCUGCCAUCGUGGAUCCCGAGCCAUCGCUGCCAGCAUCUCCAGCCGCUAUCACCGAAGCCAUCGACGCGCAGACGCACAAGUUGCGCGAGAGCCUCGAGGAUGCAUGGACUGCAUCAGGCGUGGUGGAUCGGGCGCACUCUCUGCGCGCAUCGCUGAGCAGCGUGAAGGCCGUUGAGAUCAUCGUGCUGCUUCUUGAGGGUGGCAGCCUUGCUAAGGAGUUGAUCCCGAUACGUUACCUUACUACUACACCAGCAGUGCAAGCUGCGCAGAUCCCCUCGAUUCCCAUCCGUGUUCCGGAUCUGUUCGUGUUGCUGGAAGGAGCAUUCUGGGCACCAUUUUCGCUGUGGUUCCUUACCUGUCUGGUUUUGCCUUUGAUUUCGGCCUACUUCAUCAACCUGAGCUGGAAGGCUUCUAGCAGUGCGCGUCGGACUCGGUCUGCGUCUAAUCUCGCACAGUUUGAUCCGUUGACUUUCAACGUCGUCAAGGCUUUACUGGUGCACCUUGUGUUUGGAAAGGAUUUCAACUUCUUUGGCUUCUAUAGUGGGUAUGCUAUUGGGAAGGUUAUUGACUCUGUCCCUGGCGGCGACCUCGGUCUUUUGACUGGAACUGCUAUUGGCGGUGUCGGUGCUCUGUACGAGGCUAUUCUGCACCGCUCGUAA